AUGGCAAAUCCUGUGGAAACAAUGGACUUUGUGUUCGGUUACGGUUCGAUCAUAGACUGCACAUCUCGGACUUCAUCAAUGGGGAGUGGAGCGUGUCGAGCUGCUUUACGAUGCCAAGUCUUGCCCAGCUUCAACUUUCAACGUGCGUGGAACUUCCGCGCCCCGUCUGGUUUCACGGCCUUGGGCCUUCAACAAGCUGAGUCUGGCGAAGCCAUUGAUGGCAUUUGCUUCGCGGUCGGCAAUGACAUGGCCAGUUUUGAUUUGAGAGAGCGUGGAUAUACUCGAUGGGAGAUUCCCUUGAAGAAUCUUUCCGUGAUUGAUUGCCCACGUAACUGCGCAUGUGAUUGCUCAAGCGCAUCACUUGGCUGUAUGCAUUACAGCAUGCGGUCAUUGCAAGCCGCGGUGCGAGGGCAGGAUGUCGUCAAAGCCGAGGCGCUUGGCCAAGGCCGAGACGUCAAAGUGUGGGUUUACGUGCCUAACCAUCCUGCAGGACCUGCAGCAGCUUUUCCGCUGAUUCAAAGUUACAUCGAUGUCGUCAUUGGAGGUUGCCUUCAGUGGGGUGAAACAGAACUUGCGAAAGCCUUCUGCGCAUCCACCCGCGGGUGGUCCAAAUAUUACUUGAAUGAUGUUCCCUUGAGCCGACGGCCGUGGGUGAAUCGUUGUCAAGCAUGGCGUGAGGUUGAUCAGGUUCUAGAAUCUAUGGCAGAAGUUACAUUGUUUAGUGAGCGUCGUCAUGACUGUGAGUUCGCGGCCAAUUUCAGUGAAGAGUUGUGCAAGUCUGAUCGUCGGCCACAGCACAGAUUCAUGGAACUAUGUGAGCGUUGGGGGCAUCGCUGUGAAUAUGUCAAAACAAGCGCUGAAAUCACUAGAUGCCCGGUGGUGUCGGAUUGGUCUGACGCCAUCAUCUCUGAUGCGACUCGCUGCCCCUUGCUGUUGGGAGAAGGAUUUCGAUGCAACAUCACAAUCGCGGGAGCAGCAGCAGAGGUGGCCGAGAUCUGUUUCAAAUACGACUCCGACGAGCUGUUUUUGAUUCCCAUGGUAGAUGAACUCUACCUUUGUUUAGAAGACGUUGGUGAGCAUAUCCCAGUACGGAAUGGAAUGGUGAUCCAAGCUCUGGGUGUGGGAAGUGGACCAACAUUGAAAUUCGAAGUUGCCAGCCGUGUCAUAAAACUGCAGCAGUCGGACAAGCAUGGAAGCUCGAUCCUUGGUUCCUUCACCGAAGACGUUGGUGUCGGUCCUGGAAAGGUUGAUAUGUCUGGUCUGCAACGGUGCUCAGUGCCAGGCGUACCAGCAUCGUUGGGUCGCCACUUGUUUGUGCUGCGCUGGAAAGAUUCAGAGGCGCAGUGGCAGUUAUGUCUUGAAAAGUUGUCGAAGACGUGGCUUCGGCUUGAAGCAGAUUUUCCGUAUUUGUUGCCAAAGGACUCUGGACCAUUGGCUUUUUGCCUGGGACCUGAAGGGAAGGUGAAGUUCAAAGUUGCGCCGCCGGCACAGGACACAACAUCAGCCAUCGCAGAACCAUACGAAGAAAAGGUCACUUUGCAGGCUUUACAGGACCAUUUUUCUAAGGAUGUCGUUUACAACAAUCUUCUGCGCUUGCUCUCAAAUCCUGGAGCUGGCAGCGCAUUGGGGCUCGUGCUGGACGAGGCCGCAACGAAAUUCGGGCUCAUUGGAUCCAAGGAUAAGGGAUGCUACAGAGACGUAGUGCGCAAGUGUGUUGGUGGACGGGCUUUGGUCAAGAAUUAUGACAUGCUGACACAGUUCUUCAAUGCGUUCUCUCACCGGGGCGAUGAUGUUGAGUCCAAUGGAGUUUGGACACAGACGAUGAUAGACCAACUCUCCACAAGCUUACCCACUGUCGGUGCAACAGAUCUACAAAUGCUUAGCGGACAGGAAAAGGGGCCGCACAGGGCAUUUGUUUUUUCGGAGAACGGCAGUGUUAUUGGUAUUGGUGUGCUGCUUGGCCACAAUGGGCUGGUAGAGCAGAGCUCUCAAAACGCAUGCACGAUGCAUGUUGCUGCAGCGGCGACUGCACAGGCUCUACGCAGGCUUGGAGGGCAUGGUGCUGUCAUGCUUCGUAGCGAGAACGGUACCCUGCAUUGUUGGGAUGUCAGAAGGGGUAGUUUGCCUGGAGAGAUGUUUGCGCACCUGUGA